GACGACAGGGGACCCUUGUACUACACUCUGAAGGCACUACUGGACAUUAUGGGUCCCACCGAGUACUGUGAGUACAUGGCUGAGCUCAAGAGCGUGACAAUGCGUGAAGGCAGCGACCUGCACAAAGACGCCCAACGCCAGGUCAACCCACACGCCCAAACAAACCUUUGGCGGAGGAUCAACUCGCGUAUGCGAACGCAGGCCCGCACACACAGAGACAAAUCGUGCGAUGCCACGCACCGGAAUAACACAUCGGAGGGGUGUGAUGCGGAGGGUAGUGAGAAAGAUCGUGAGAGAUGCAGUUUAGGAAAGGGGUUAGAAGUGGUAGGGGAAUCGGGGAGUGACAGUAACAAUAACAGGCCAGUGAGCGAGAGUGUGUACCAGAGCCAGUUGCUGCAUACACCGUCUACGAAGGUGUUGCCCCUGUCGCUUUUGAGUAAGGAACGGGGUUCACCGCGUACGUGUGGACACUCGUCGAGUGUUGAAAAUAUAGAUAACGGGGACUCUCUCCCAAACAGCCCUGACUUCGGGCCGAAUAGUACAUAUGCUGAUGUACCAGUACCAGAGAGGAGGGGUACGGGAGUGUCUAAGACGCACAGGGUCACGGGAAAGUCUACGAACACUAGCACGUACACGACUACGGAAAUAGGUCAAUGCACACAAAGGCAGCCACAAGCCCAGACAAGGGAUGAGUUUUGCUUUGAAGAGGACACUAUUGAGGCACACACGGAAACUACUACGCCCAUUCGAACAAGGAAGGACGCCGGGCAGCGACAGGCGAUGGAGGAUUGCAUACGCAAACCACACGCACACGAAUUGGUCACAGAUGAACACACACACACACAAGCACAUAUGCAGAGAUCAAAAUAUGUCAACACAGACACACACAGAACGGGAAAUGGAACGAAAAAUACAGAUAGUGCUGGAACUGAGGCGACAGAGUCGACCCAGUGCCACACGAAGGACACUCAAUGCACGCCUGACAGCAAGAGUACGCUGAGACAUAAAACGAGGAGAACCUUGAACGAACGUAUCACGAAGCCCUGUCAAACGCAAGGAGCUUUCGCAAAACGGGCCUCCCCAUCGUCAGAGAAUGAAGGUGUGGAAGUAGACUGUGUGUCUUGUUUGGGACAGCAAUUUGAGCGCAGACGCUCACAGUGUUAUUCGGCUGGGAAUGAUACCUAA